AUGUAAAAAGAAUAAGAGACUGAUAAUGAUAAACUUUAAACAAAAUAAAAUUCCCUGAUUCAAAGUUAAAGUGAAGAACCAAAAACCGUAUUGAUUACUAAACAACACCCAUUUCAAUAACGAUCCAAUUUUAAAUUGUUGCCUUAUAAAAUUGAUUUAGAAUGCUUUUAAAAUCUUUUGAGAUUCAAGCACAACUUAGCCAAGAAAAUAAUUAAAAAAUCAAAAAAUUGA